UCACUCUGGCGUCCGUCUUUUUCUCCCUGGCCUCGUGAGCACGGGGUUAGGUUACGAAUCAGAACAGCUCGAUAAAAAUAUUCGAAGUGUCCAGGAACGCUUUCACGUCGCAAAAUUCAUUUCACGGGUAGCCCGUGAAACGCUUAUCGAUUCGCACGUCGAAUCAUUUUAGCCUGCCGCGAGACAAAAGAAUUUUAUACCCUGCCUCGACGUUCGCAAAUUCCUCGCAAGUUUUUGGAAAUGCUUCGUUACGACGCAAACUGUGUUCAGUGAGACAAUGAUCGGAGUGCUAGUGACAUUUUUCCAUCCAACGGUCAACCGAUUGUGGCACUGUGUGUUCUCCAGGUUCCUGGAAGUCGAUUUUAGCUAAAAGAAGAAUUAUUAUUUUCCAAGAAUUUAGUCGAAGUAAAUUCAACGUUUCCCGGAGUUUCCAUGUGAACGGAUGUCGCACGAAAGAAAGGCAAGUCUCUAAGGGAAGAUAGAGACAAAGGGAGGAGAGAGAGAGAGUGAGAGAGAGAUUGAGAGACUGGUGAGCCCAGGGUGCAAUGUCAUAUCACCGUGGGGGCCAGGCGGGCGCCGUAGCAGUCUCGUACAGCAGCAGCCCAAUGACACCGCAUUCUCCUAGCAGGCGAUGUUCCAGCGGUAGCAGCAGCACCAGUAGCUCCGCGAUCGGUAGCUCCACCAGCAAGCUGAACACCUACCGACCCACCGGCUCCUUUUACACGUCGUCCACCGGCUCCGGAUACCGUUCGAGCUACACAUCCGAGUACAGGCGAUCAUCUUACUGUCCGUCGAGCAGUUACUACUCGUUAACGUCGACGGGUUCGAGCAUCCGCAGGAACUACUUGUCGGACUACGGCCGGUCUCGUUACUCACCCGCAAGGUCAGUUUCAUCGUCGGCGUACAGCAACACGGGUACCAGCAGCGGUAGCAGCGGCAGCGCGGGUACAAAUGUGACAGCGAACGGCACUGGCGGCAGCGGUAGAUACGGUUUAUCCACGUCCUCGUCGUCCUCCAGCAUCUCGAUCACCGGAUCCUCGUCGAGGGAUAGAACAUCAGCGCAGGACACCUCCAGGCAGCUCGAGUCCUCGUCGCCCACCACAGCGGACAUAAUCAGCAGAUACUCGCCGUCCGGUUACAUACCGAACAUCCGACAAACCAGCAUCUCCUCUGGAGGUGUUAACAGCUCGUCGAGUCAUCAUCAUUGGAAGCAUCACGCGACCGGUUCCUCGUUGACCGAGUUGUUCGGCGGCGACGAACGCGAGAUAGUCGAACGGACCAGGGACCUUCGGCCCGAAUCCUCGCUCUCCUCGUCCUCCUCGUCAUCCUCCGCGGCUGCUGCUGCUGCUGCUGCUAGCGGUGUAGCACUCUGGUCCAGGUCGAAGAGAGGGGGGCCACUGGCCAGCAGCACGGUGCUAACCAGCGGGCAUGCUCGCGCGGAGAAUGCCGCCACGUCGCCUGGCGAGGUAACGAUCGACGAACGCGGCACCAUCCGCGACUUAGACGAGGACGCUAACGACGACGCCGACGAUGACGAGGACGACGACGACGAAGACGACGAGGACGAGAACGAGAACGAUGACAAUAACACCGACGACGAUCAGCACAACAACAACAGCAAUGGGCACAGUAGCAGCAGCGCCGAGGACGCAUGCGGCGGAUACGGGGUGAACAACAACGACCAAGACGAUAACGAUGACGACCAAGACGACGACAACAACCUGAACAACCGCCAUCACCACCAACAACGCGGCGUUCCUCAUCGAACCGACGAGGUCUCACCUAAGCGUAACCUCUUGUCGUCGUCUGUGCCCGGUGGUGUUGGCGGUGCCGGUUUGAUCGGUGUUCAGCUCGACGUGCUCACUAACCUUGCCACUAAUCCGAAUAACACGGAACUGCUGAUCAAUAACAAUGGCCAGGAGAAGCUUGGGCUGCGUGACAACGCCACCGCUGAGUCCGUCGAGAUCUUCGAGUUCGUCGAGGAGAAGAAGGAGGUAAAACGCGAGGUACAAGACGUGAUCGCGGAGCUCUUUGGGGGCGACGAGGAGCCGUGGAACGCAUUCUCCGCGUCGUACGAUAUUGAUCACACCAGGUUUGGCGGCGGUGCCACGCCGCCGCCUGUUGCGCAAAACGAUGUGGCCGGACGGCCAUCCGGUACCUAUGGGGACGACCCAUCCGUGCCUUCCACCUCGAGGAGAUCGGACGGUCAUUUCUCAGGGAACACGAACACUGCCAGUAAUCUGACCUCAUCUCCCACGGCGCCGUCCACGGCCCACCAGAGCCUCUAUCGCGGCGUGGCCGAUCAGUUUGACGGAAGCCCGACAAACAAGGCGGCACGUAAUCGGCUUCAAACGCAUCGCGACGAACGAUGUGGUCUAAACGGUUUGCGGAAUAUUGGAAACACAUGUUUCAUGAACAGUGUGAUCCAAUGCUUGAGCAACACGAGACCGUUGCUCGAAUAUCUGCUGAACGAGCAGUACUUGGCGGACAUCAACGUGACCACAUCCAGCAUGAAAGGUGCCCUGAUCAAGGCCUUCAGUCAGGUGAUACACGAAUUGUGGGAGGUGGGUGGUGAUCACGUGGUGAACACUACAGCGCUGAAGUCACAGAUACAAAGAUUCGCGCCGCGGUUCAUGGGCUACAGUCAACAGGACGCGCAAGAGUUUCUGAGAUAUCUGCUCGAAGGACUGCACGAGGACGUCAACAGAGUGACGGUGAAGCCGCCGCCGAUACACACCGAUAUCCCUGAUAUGUAUACGGACAGCCAGAAAGCUGUAGAGAGCUGGAAACGUUACCUGCGCAGCGAAGACAGUAUGGUAGUGGACGUGUUCGUAGGUCAAUUACGUUCGUCGCUGCAUUGCACUGCCUGCGACCAUGUAUCCGUAACGCUGGAUCCUUUCUGGGACCUGAGCCUACCGAUACCGGCCAGGAGUGGUACAAUCAAGUUGAGUCAGUGUCUGGAACAUUUCACCCGGGAAGAGGUCCUUGACGGUGACGAGAAGCCGACCUGUUCCAAGUGUCAGAUGAGGAGAAAGUGUACCAAAAGCUUCAGUAUACACAAAUUCCCGAAGAUCCUUGUUAUUCAUUUAAAACGUUUCUCCCCCAUGGAACGAUUCCGCGGCAAGCUUAACGUAACGGUGGACUUUCCAUUGACGGGAUUAGAUCUCAGUGCCUUCGCCGCCCCCAGGGUUUCGGGCUGCACCUACAAUUUGUAUGGUGUCGCCAAUCACUCGGGCACUACGUAUUCUGGUCACUACACCGCAUACUGCAAACAUCCGUAUUCGGGCGAAUGGCACGAGUACAACGACAGCCGGGUGUCCGUGGUUCCAGCGCGAUCAGUCGUCACCAGCGAAGCCUACGUACUGUUUUACGAACAGCAGCCACAUAGCUCUCACUUGUAACCUUACGCCAUUGCCUAGAGUUAAACGACCAUCUUGCCUCUCGAUACCUCAGUCCAGCAUAGUGUAAUGCAGGGGUGACGAACUUUUUCAAAGCCUGUAGCCACUCGCGUCCUUCUAAUCCAUCCGCCGGGUGGUUCUUCCAUUGGUAGGCUGACUGGUCACCUGUAUCUUAGCCAAUGAUUAGUGCAGAGUAAUGCAAACACGAGAUCACGAAACAUUUGGGAACGGGAUACUCUGUGAGGGUUAAUCUGCGUGACCUAGUAUACAGCUAUCAAAGCUGCAUGGGCUGUUAAGAAUCAAAUCCCAUUUGGCGAGGUUAAUCCGGUCGACAUGCGGCUUGACAGUUGACAACUGCUAGAAAGUAACGUAGAAAUAUGACAAACAUGGGGGAAGGGCGCCCCCUCAAUGAUUCAGCGGAACAGGAAUGAUAAAGGCAGGAGCCAUGUACGACUCAGGAGCCGCCAGUUCGUCACCCCUGGUCUAAUAAAUACUACUUUAUCGUGUGGUAUUGAAAAGCUACUAAACACUGAACACGACGACGAACCGGGUCAUUUUCCGUGUCGAGCAUAACACGCCGGGGAUUGCGUGUGUGUAUGGUGAGACUGGCGAUAAUCAUGCCCCCUCCCUCGAGCUGAUAUUUUUUUUUCUUUUCCUUCAGACUCCAGACUCUCCACCACGGCCCUAUCUAUUUUCACCUACGUAAAACAUUUCUUUUUUUAGAAGCAAAACAACCUGACGCUUUCGUGUGUAUGUUCGGGAGAGAUAGAGGGAUGCGGAAUGAACCCUUUUAGUGGGGUGUGUGUAGGGCACGUUGCGGUAACACCAACCCUUUUGUGAGCGUCGAACGGAUAAAAUUAUGUCGAUCCAGGAAUACACUCUCCUUACCGUCGCGCAUGUUCUAUUUUCAAUUUCAUUUAUCUUAUUUUGUUUUUGCUAUGGAAUAUACACACAAUUGUGAAUCGUGCGUUUUAAAGAGAUUUGCCAGACUCGAGAGAAUUAUAUAUAGGUACAUAUGUAUUUAUAUAUAUAUAUACAUAUAAAUAUAUACAUAUAUAUACAUAUAUAUUUAUAUGUAUGUAUGUUUAUAUAUAUAUAUAUAUGUAAGUACAUGUACUUUGGUAUUUGAAGAAGAAACAGAAGAAUAAUCAUGAGUUCGCCAAAGAUCACACGUAUGUACGGAGUAAUGCGCUUCGGAUGUCUAGUUACUUUUGAAUAGACGAUAUAGUAAUAACAUGUAUCCUCACUCUUCACCUGGCAAUCUACA